AUCGGAGAUUGUUCAAAAACAACGCCUGCAGGUUCCAGCUUCGCUGUCCGUACGGUACCUCCCUUCCAGCGGUCACCGGUCGUCGCUCCAGCCGCCACCGCCCACCGGGCCGGAGCACCACCGCGCAUCCGCCACCGGGGCACCUUGCGCCAAGAUAAAGAGGCUUCUUUGCCUCUCCCCGGGUUCCAUUCCAUUCAAAAGGCAACCGCUUGCUUGGCUGGCUAGCCCAGGUGCCUUCUCGCUGCCCGCCGCGGCGCCGCCAACCUCCACUUGCAGAAGCAGAGAGGGCCACCGCGAGAGAUCUCACCGUCCCCAGCCACCACCUUCUCCUCCUCCUCGUACUAGCUGCUCGUACCCGCGUUCGGACUCCUACUCCAACCCGAAGGCCGUAACCUGUAGCCGCGCCACCCCCGCGCCGGACCCAAUCCGGGGACGCCACGCUCGCCGCGCGCCUCCGCCACCUCGUAUCAGUUGCUGCGUGCGAGGUGUGUUAGCCCAUGCCCUGGAUGACCAAGUUGCUGCUCCAGCUUCAGGCGGCGGCGGCGGACAGGAGGCACGGCCUCGGCCUCAGCCUCGGCUUCGGCCCGGGGCGCGGCCGUCGCCACCCGCAGACGCCCCGCCACGCUCCCGCCGCCGGCAGAUUCUCCCCGGCAACGGCAUGCCUCACCCUCUGCCUCCUCGCCGUCGCCGCCGCCGCCACCACGCUCGCGGUCGCGCUGCACCGCCAAAGCCCCGACCCCGCAGCCGUCGCCGGCCCCGCCGCCUCGCCGCGCGGCUUCUCGGUGGUGAUCAACACGUGGCGGCGCCACGCGCUCCUGCGGAGGUCCGUCGCGCACUACGCCGCCUGCGCGGGCGUCGAGGCCGUCCACGUCGUGUGGAGCGAGCCGCGGCCGCCGCCGGAGACCCUGCGCCGGGGCGUCCUCGUCAACGGCACCCGGCGCGGCACCGUGCGGUUCGAGAUCAACGAGGCCGACAGCCUCAACAACAGGUUCAGGCCCAUCCGGAGCCUCGGCACGGACGCCGUCUUCUCCGUCGACGACGACCUCAUCGUCCCGUGCUCCACGCUCCGGUUCGCCUUCGACGUGUGGCAGAGCGCGCCAUCUGCCAUGGUGGGCUUUGUGCCGCGGAUGCACUGGCUUGCUGACCCGAGAGGCAGUACAAAGGAAUACCGAUAUGGAAGCUGGUGGUCAGUUUGGUGGACAGGCACAUACAGCAUGGUUCUUUCCAAAGCGAGUUUCUUCCACAGGCAGUACUUGGAUCUGUAUACAAACAACAUGCUACCGUCAAUUCGCAAAUAUGUGGAUGAAAAUAGGAAUUGUGAGGAUAUUGCAAUGUCUUUUCUUGUUGCAAAUCAUUCUGGAGCUCCACCAAUAUGGGUACAAGGAAGGAUAUUUGAGAUUGGAUCGACCGGCAUCAGCAGUUUGAAGGGCCAUAGUUUGCAGAGAUCCAGAUGCCUCAACACAUUUGCUGCCAUGUAUGGCCACAUGCCUCUUGUAGCCACCACAGUCAAGGCUGUUGACAGCCGCAGGAGCUGGUUCUGGUGACAUGCCUCUUGUUUGGCCCUGUUAUCUCCUUUUUGUUUCAUUUUUUAAUUUUACUUAGGUGCUGCCUAGCCAUAUUACAAGGCUAGCGUGUUUGUGCAUAAUUCAUCAUCAGCACCUAAGAACACAGGUUGGAUUGUACACGCUGAAAGUAGAACACAGUGACCAUAUUCAAAUUCACAUUAUUGAUGGAGUUAGUACUGUAGCUAGUAAUCUUUGUGAAAGGAAGGAGAUUGUUCAUGGUCAUGGAUGUCAGUAAUUAGUUCACUGUUUUUUUUCUGGUGGUGUUCAGUGCGACUAUGUUGUGCCACGGGCAACUGGCAAAGAGCCUGUUGCUGUAUUGCUGUUCAGUGCUUACCACUAUACUAACAAAAGCUAACUCAUGUGUGGUUGUGACGGCCGAAGGAAGAUAGCGAGGAUAAGGAGACUCUUCCAUUGGGCCAGCGUGCCUGUUUCCUUCGUGUUCUGUCCCCAACCUCUAGUACCUGCCUCUUUCUUUCCUCUUCCUCUUGCUGCUGCUUCCUGCUUCCUGGGGGAGAACAAGAAGAGAUUCUCCUGACACGAUCGCCAAUGGUGGCCAUUGCUACCGAGGCAUGGGCGCUCGCCGGAUGUGGCGCGGCGGCGCAGGAGUUGCCGGUGCAGCAGCUCCCUCCUGCCGCAGCAAACAGGACCAAGAAAGCCCUAUCGCUCAGAGGCGUCAGCAGCAGCGGCGGAGGCCAGGACUGGCGUGAGGCCGUCGUCGUCGGCCGGCGGAGCGGCCUGGCGUCGUGCGUGCUCGCCGCCCUCGCGGCCUCGUUCUCCCCGCUCGCCGGCGACCGCCCCGCGCGGGCCAUGGUUCUUGAGGAAGACGAAGACAUCGAGCUGCUGGAGCGCGUGAAGGAGGACAGGAAGAAGCGGCUGCAGAAGCAAGGGGUCAUCAGCUCCUCAGGCACCGAGACUGUAAUGCUGUGGUUUGACUACAAACCACAGAGUAUUUGCAGGACCUCAUCUACAAGUUGAGCAAAGUUGGGCAGGCCAUUGACAAGGACGAUCUCCCAGCCGCAAGCAGUGUCCUGGGCCCAAGCCCAGAUACCCAGUGGGUGCAGAACAUCAAUGCAGCUUUCUCCAAGUUCAGCUCAAGCCCAGAGGAGAGGAGCAUGGUGGAUAGCUUCAACUCCUCCUUGGCCUCACUGUUUACAUCAGUGAACAAGCUUGAUGGUGAAUCCUCCAAGUCGGCGUUUGUGUCGUCAGCGACAGCGUUGGAGAAAUGGAUAGCGUUAGCCGGACUGAGUGGCCAGCUCAAAGGCUUCUGAUAUGCGAGUGAAGUGGCUUCCUGACGAAUACCUGGAUGCUCCUCCUGGCUGAGACGUAUUGAUUCGGCACGUGUGAAUCUUCUAAAGAGGGCACCGUAAAUCCGUAACCGAGAUCUGAGUUCAUUCAGACAAGCAUGUGAGAAGAAUGGGUACUGCUUCUGUUCGUCUCCACUUGGAGAACAGCAACAUUCUCAUCAAGAAAUUGGAAUUAUUUGCGAUGUAUUGUGACACUAAUAGGAAAUGAAGCAAAAGUUGUUUUUGUUUGGUUGUA